UUUAAAGAGGAGAGAGGACUGUACCAGGACAAGGUGUUCUGCUUUGUCCACCUGACUGUUCAGGAAUUUCUGGCUGCUGUUCAUGUCCACCUGACCUUCAUCAACUCUGGAGUCAAUCUGAUGGCUGAAGAGCAAACAACCCCUCAUGAAUCUGCAGAGACCCAGUUCUACCAGAGUGCUGUAGACAAGGCCUUACAGAGUCCAAAUGGACACCUGGACUUGUUCCUCCGAUUCCUCUUGGGCCUUUCAGUGCGGGCCAAUCAGACUCUCUUACGAGGUCUGCUGACACCUACAGAAGGAGGAUUACACACCCAUCAGGACAUAGUCCAGUAUAUAAAUGAGAAAAUUGAGGAGAAUCCCCUUCCAGAAAGAAGCGUCAAUCUGUUCCACUGUCUGAAUGAACUGAACGACAGUUCUCUAGUGGAAAAGAUCCAACAGUCCCUGAGCUCAGGAAGACUAUCCAGGGAGAAACUCUCUCCUGCUCAGUGGUCAGCUCUGGUGUUCAUUUUACUGUCAUCAGAAAAUGAUCUGGAUGUGUUUGACAUGGAGAAAUACACCAGGAACAGCGAUGACGGCUCUUCAGACGAAGCUCUUCUGAGGCUGCUGCCAGUGGUCAAAGUAUCCACAAAAGCUCGGCUGAGUGGCUGUAACCUGUCAGAGAGAAGCUGUGAAGCUCUGUCAUCAGUUCUCUGCUCAGAGUCCUCUAAUCUUAGAGAGCUGGAUCUGAGUAACAACAACCUGCAGGAUUCAGGAGUGGAGCAGCUUUCUGCUGGACUGAAGAGUCCAUACUGUACCCUGGAAACUCUCAGUCUGAAUCACUGUAACCUCUCAGAGGGAAGCUGUAAAGCUCUGUCCUCAGCUCUCAGCUCCCAGGCCUCCAGUCUGAGAGAGCUGGACCUCAGUAACAACGAUUUGCAGGAUUCGGGAAUUAAGCUGCUGUCUUCUGGACUAGAGUAUCCACAAUGUAUUCUGAAAACUCUCAGGUUGUCAGGUUGUCUGAUCACAGAGGAGGGCUGUGCUUCUCUGGCCUCGGCUCUGAGCUCCAACCCCGCUCAUCUGAGAGAGCUGGAUCUGAGCUACAAUCAUCCAGGAGACUCAGGAGUGCAGCAGCUGUCCCCUGGACCAGACAAUCGACACUGGAGUCUGGACACAGUCAGGGUGGAGCCUCGUGGAGCCAGAUGGUUGAGACCAGGUCUGAAGAAGUAUUCCUGUGAACUCACGAUCGACACAA